AUGGUAGAGGGGGCACCCCUGCCGGCCUUCCGGCACUGGGACCACCCAUGGGUCCAGAGCCUUAGGCCGGAGAGCCUCCUGUUUGUGUCCACCAUGGAUGGGAGUCUCCACGCACUGAAUCCAGUUAUCCGAGGACCAAUGUAUGUCACAGAGAUGGCCUUUCUCUCAGAUCCAACUGAUGGCAGCCUAUAUAUCUUGGGGACCCAGAAACAACAAGGAUUAAUGAAGCUGCCCUUCACCAUCCCUGAGCUGGUUCUUGCCUCCCCUUGCCGGAGCUCCGAUGGGGUCUUCUACACAGGCCGGAAGCAGGACGCCUGGUUUGUGGUGGAUCCUGAGUCAGGGGACACCCAGAUGACUCUGACCACCGAAGGUCCCUCAACCCCUCGCCUCUACAUAGGCCGGACACAGUACACAGUUACCAUGCAUGACCCAAGAACCCCGACACUACACUGGAACACUACCUACCGCCGAUAUUCUGCACCCCCCAUGGAUGGCUCAUCUGGAAAAUACAUGAGCCACUUGGCCUCCUGCGGGAUGGGUCUGCUGCUGACCGUGGACCCUGGAAGUGGAGCGGUGCUAUGGACCCAGGACUUGGGCGUGCCUGUGACGGGCAUCUACACCUGGCACCAGGACAGCCUCCGCCAACUGCCCCACCUUACCCUUGCCCGGGACACCCUGCACUUCCUCGUCCUCCGUUGGGGCCACAUUCAGUUGCCUGCUUCAGGCCCGCAAGGCAUGGACACUCACUUCUCUGCUUUGGACACCCAGCUGCUGAUGACGCUGUAUGUGGGAAAGGAUGAAGCUGGCUUCUAUGUCUCUAAAGCACUGGUCCACACAGGGGUGGCCCUCGUGCCUCGUGGACUGACCUUGGCUCCCACAGAUGGCCCCACCACAGAUGAGGUGACACUCCAAGUCUCGGGAGAGCGAGGGGGCUCACCCAGCACUGCUGUCAGAUACCCCUCGGGCAGCGUGGCCCUCCCCAGUCAGUGGCUGCUCAUUGGACACCAUGAGCCACCUCCAGUGUUACACACCACCAUGCUGAGGGUCCAUUCAACCCCACAGAGUCAGACUGCUGAGAGCAGCCCCCUGGAGAGCACCCAGGCCCCCGCCCUCUUCUUGGAGCUCCUGAGAAUGCAUGGAGAAGAGCCUUGGAACCUGGAGCUGCAUCCUGAAGAGAAGCCCCCAGAGCUGUAUCCACAGCUGGGCCCCCAAGACCUGUUGGCAGCCAGCCUCACUGCUGUCCUCCUGGGAGGGUGGAUUUUCUUCCUGAUGAGGCAGCAGCAGCUGGCAGAAAAGCGGCAGCAGGCACCCCUGACACCGGCAGACCCUUCUCACAUCCCACAGCAUGCUUCCACCCAGCCCUCAGGGACUGCCCCACCGGACCAGCACUCGGAGCAAAUCCAACCACUCAAGGACCCUGAAGCAGAGCAACUCACGGUGGUAGGGAAGAUUUCCUUCAACCCCAAGGAUGUGCUGGGCCGAGGGGCCAGCGGCACGUUCGUGUUCCGGGGACAGUUUGAGGGGCGGGCAGUGGCUGUCAAGCGGCUCCUUCGGGAAUGCUUUGGCCUUGUCCAGCGUGAGGUGCAGCUGCUGCAGGAGUCCGACCGGCACCCCAACGUCCUCCGCUACUUCUGUACAGAGCGGGGGCCACAGUUCCACUACAUUGCCCUAGAACUCUGCCAGGCCUCAUUGCAGGAGUAUGUGGAGGCCCCCAACCUGGACCUCUGGGGCCUGGAGCCUGACGUAGUGCUGCAACAGCUGAUGUCUGGCCUGGCCCAUCUGCACUCCUUGUGCAUAGUGCACCGAGACCUGAAGCCGGGCAACAUUCUCAUCACAAGGCCUGACACCCAAGGCCAAGGCAGGGUGGUCCUCUCGGACUUUGGCCUCUGCAAGAAGCUGCCCGCUGGUCGCCAGAGCUUCAGCCUCCGCUCGGGCAUCCCUGGCACAGAGGGCUGGAUGGCACCCGAACUCCUUCAGCUCCCAACCCCCGAGAGCCCGACCAGCGCAGUGGACAUCUUCUCAGCCGGCUGUGUGUUCUACUAUGUUCUGUCUGGUGGCAGUCACCCCUUUGGAGGGACUCUGUAUCGCCAGGCCAACAUCCUCGCAGGGACCCCUUGCCUGGCUCGCCUGGAGGAGGAAGUGCACGACAAGGUGGUUGCUCAGGACCUGGUGACCGCCAUGCUGAGCAUGAGACCACAGACCAGGCCCUCUGCUCAGCAGGUCCUGGCCCACCCCUUCUUCUGGAGCAGAGCCAAGCAGCUCCAGUUCUUCCAGGAUGUCAGCGACUGGCUGGAGAAGGAGGAGGAGCAGGAGCCCUUGGUGAUGGCUCUGGAGGCAGGAGGCCAUGGGGUGGUUCGGCACAACUGGUACACACACAUCUCGAUGCCGCUGCAAACAGAUCUGAGACGGUUCCGGUCAUAUAAAGGAACAUCAGUGCGAGACCUGCUCCGUGCCAUGAGGAAUAAGAAGCACCACCACAGAGAGCUCCCGGCGGAGGUGCGGCACGUGCUGGGCCAAAUCCCCGACGGCUUCGUCCAGUACUUCACAAGCCGCUUCCCAAGGCUGCUCCUGCACACACACCAGGCCAUGCGGAGCUGCGCCUCGGAGAGCCUCUUCCUGCCCUACUACCCACCAGCCUCUGCGGCCGGGAGCUGA